UGGGGUACCUGUCUGGGAGGCACCCCAGCCUGGAGAUUCUGUUUGCCUUUUUCAUUCAAAUAAGUGUUGUUAGUAACCACUAUAUGCGAGGUACAGGGGAUACAGUGAUGAACAAGAUAACACCAGCACCCUACCCUUGAUUUCAACCCAUGUAGAGUGCUUCCCCGCACCGCUUGGGACAGAAGGACAAAACAGAGAUUCAGCCCCUGCUUUCAAACCAUGCCUAAUCUUUAGAGGAUAUUAGAACAAAUCUGUAAAUGACCAGGUACAGGUACUGUUAGUUAAGUGACACAGCAGAUAAAAGAAGCUUUCUGGGGAUGGAAAGAAGCGAUAGUGUGAGGUGAGGUUAGGAAGAUUUAAGAGUGUUCUCCAGGCAUGGUAGACCUCAAAGCAGGAUGAGGUUUUGGUUGAUGAAGGUGGAGGAGGGGGGCAGCAUUUCUACCAAAAGGGGCUAACCUGAGUAAAGCCAUGGAAACAGGGAAGCUUAGGGUGAGUGUGGGUACAGUGGUUAAGUCCAGGUUGUCCAGAGCAUGUGGGGGAGGAGUUGAAAUUAAGACCAGAAAAGUAGUUUGGAGACAUUCCAUAUGGGACUUUGCAUGCCAAGGGCCGGGGUGGGGGACUGUUUAUACUUGGCUUAGUAAGAAAACAAGAAGGCAUUGAAGGUUUUCAAAUAGGGGAGUGAUAUGACUGUAACCUUCCCCCUAGAAAAAAUUAUUUUGGCUGCGAUAUAUAGAAUGGAGUGGAGUAGGGAGGGAUAGGGGAGAGGUAGACCAGUAGGAAUCUUCUGUCACUAGUUUAGGCAAUAGGGCAGAGGGAAUGGCAGGGGAGGAUGGAUUAAAAACAUUUCAGAGACAAAAUCUUGGGUUCUGCCGUGGGUGAAUUUAAGAGGUGGAGAAGGCAAAGAAGACCAUGCCAAAGGGUUGAGUCUAAGAGAAUGGGAAUAUAGUGGUGCCAUUAAGAGAAAUACAUACAUCUAGUAAAAAAAAUAAUAAAACAGGGCAUGACUUUUGUUUGUGAAAGAGAACAGCUUUGGUUUCAGAUCCACUGAGUUUCAGGUGCUUGUAGAACCUCUAAAGGAAGGUUUCUAGUAAGAUAUUUAAGAAAAAAGUCAGAAGAGAGGUCAGAACUAAAGAUAACGGUUUUGGAGUUAUCUCCAUAGUGAUACUGUUGAAACUGGUAGAGAAUGAGUCUGAGAGGGAGAAAAGAGAAGCAGGUCAAAGACAUUUCCUCCCUUGGGAAACAUUUUGUGUUCAGGCAACUGGAGUAGGGAGAAGAGUCAUGAAGGAAAUUCUUAAAAAUAGGGAGAUAGGAACAGAACCAAGGCACCUCUGGAAGCCAAGAGGAGAGUUUCAAGAAGGAUGAUGGUCAGCAAUGUCAGCUGCCUCAGGGAUAUGAACGACGGGAUUGAAAGUUGCAAAAAGAGUUUGUUUUUCUCCUGUCUGAACAAUGGUGUCUGGAGAAAUCCGUGAGCUACCAGGCUGUAGAAAUCCUAGAAAGGUUUAUGGUUAAGCAGGCAGAGAAUAUCUGUAGGCAAGCCACGACCCAGCUGAGAGAGAAGACGGAGACUCAGAAUUGGAAAGCUCUGAAAGAACAGCUUUUCAACAAGUUCAUCCUGCGUCUUGUGUCAUGUGUUCAACUGGCGAGCAAACUUUCCUUCCACUGCAAAAUUAUCAGCAACGUUACAGUCCUGAAUUUCCUCCAGUCUCUGGGGUAUGUGCACACUAAGGAGGAACUGCUGGAGUCAGAGCUUGAUGUUUUGAAGUCCCUGAACUUCCAAAUCAAUCUGCCUACUCCCCUGGCAUAUGUAGAGAUGCUUCUGGAGGUUUUAGGAUACAAUGGCUGUUUGGUCCCAGCCACACAGCUGCAUGCAACCUGCCUGACCCUGCUCGACCUUGUCUAUCUCCUGCACGAACCCGUAUAUGAGAGCCUGCUCAGGGCUUCAAUUGAAAACUCCAUACCCAGUCAGCUGCAAGGGGAGAAGUUUGCUUCAGUGAAGGAAGACUUCAUGCUGUUGGGAGUAGGAAUCAUUGCGGCAAGUGCUUUCAUCCAAAACCAUGAGUGCUGGAGCCAGGUUGUGGAGCAUUUGCAGAGCAUCACUGGCAUUACCCUGGAAAGCAUCGCUGAGUUCUCUUACGCAAUCCUGACUCACAGCGUGGGUGCCAACACUCCAGGGCGACAGCCUGUCCCCCCCCACCUGGAGGCCAGAGCUCUGCGGGCUGCCACUUCCUCCAACACGUGAGGCAGGCUCCACCCGCCAAGUAUUGAACAGCCUUCACCACUGCGCUUAUCCCUCCUUUUGUUUACUCUUCAACUCAGGGUACAAAAGUUCCAAGUAUCUUUUGGACUAUGUUUUGUGUUCCAACUUCAUGUGCGCUUUUCUGCAUUGGACAAAGAGUUAAAGUUGACAAGCAUGUCCUUUUUGUUGUAUCAGACUGAAAAUGUCAAGGAGCUGGGAGGAGAUAGAACAUUAGUGAAGUUGGUUCGUUUUUGUUUAACAAGGUAUUUAUAGCUUUUCCUUAACUGUUCAUUUCACUGAAAGAGAACAUAGGAUGUGGAAAUUAGUGUUAACCAGGGGCUUGAAAACCGAGACUGUUUGGGUGACCUUGACUGAGCAUCAAGGAGGCAGCCUUUAUUUCCCCUUAAAGUUAGUUUAACAUCUCUGUUCUGUCAUUGACAUGUACACAAAUAGGGCUUCCUCCACAGCUGUCUAUUGCCAUUAGUCUUUUUUAAAACUAACACCAAUCCAUCUCUAAACAUGUUUCAACAGAGCUUUCACAUACCUGCACUUGAACUCAAUACUCCCAGGAUACAAAGUGCUCUAUUUUAGUCAACAAAAAAACCAGCAGUGCACUUCUGGGCAGUUAUGAGACUGCAGUAAAUCUUUUAUUACAAAUAAUUAAAUCUCUCCAUAAUGUCUCAAACAAUAUCAAACACCAUUUCAUAUCUCUAACAGAGAGCAGAAUAGGCAUUCAGCACUGGAAGCAAGUGAGGACAAGUGUUAAAUUGCAAGCUUCUGAUCACAUCAUCUGGUGACCAAAGCUUAUGUGUCAUUUUCUCACGUUAUCCAGCUGUAUGUCUCACACAUCUCGUCGUCUCAGUGGAGACAAAAGUUUCUAUUUCAUAUUGUAAGUGCAGGAAGUUGAGAGAGAGAAAACCCAGUGAAAACACAUUGAUCUCAAUUCAACUCAGUUAACAAAACAAAAACAAAAACAAAAACAAUUUUAAAUUAGUUGUUUUGAGGGGAGAGAGGGAAAGGAAGGUUUGGGGUUAAGAGUCAAACCUAUGACAAAGGCUGAUAGCUGUACAUGACACAUUGUAGCCCUGGAAACUAUCUGUCACAUGAUAUCCUGAAAUAAAGUGGCUUUUGUAGAUUUUUUCUGUUUUGGUAUUGUAAACAUGUGCUGUUAAUAGUACCCGAAUUUAAUUUAAAACAUUUUUUUUUUUUUUUUCAAACAAAACAAAA